AAAAGAUUUAAAGAAGAGUUUUGAAGCGGAGUGGUUCCCAUGGUGCAGCGCGCGGAGGGGCGGCCGAGCCGAGCCGAGCGUCAUUCGGCCGGUGGGUCUUCGUGCGGACGGACGGCGAAAGGUGAACAAUGGCAAGCAUCCAGGAACGCAUCAGCCAGUACCGGACGGCGCCCUUUGACGCCAGGUUCCCCAACACCAACCAGACCCGCAACUGCUACCAGAACUACCUGGACUAUCAUCGCUGCCAGAAGGCUCUGACUGCUCAGGGCAAGGACGUGUCCGUGUGUGAGUGGUAUAACAGGGUCUAUAAAUCCCUGUGCCCCAGAUCUUGGGUUAACAAGUGGGAUGAUCAGAGGGAGUCGGGAAGCUUCCCUGGGAAGAUCUGAAUGACCAGUUGGGACAUGGUUCUCUUUCCCUCUCCUCCUCUACCCCGCAAAAUCUCUUGUCGUCUUCUCUCUUACCCAAAGUCUACCUUGGACCUUUGCUGAUUGAGCGAGGGGGUGUGGUGGGGUUAAUGUUCACGAGCCCUCCCGCAGCGCUGUGCUCCCUUUUUCUGUUGGAGAUAGAUUUUGGAGUCUCACUGACUUCAAGCUCUCUUUUAUGUCUGUAAUUCAACAAUAAAGUGCUUCUACGAGGAGCCCUUCCCUCGCC